AUGGAUCAGAGCACCGAUAGUCAAGGGGAAGAAUCCAGUUAUCAAGAACCUUCUUACUAUGAAGGACUAGAUGGUUCAUUGCAAGAUCAUGAUGCGGACUACCAAGGAGGAGAUAUUGAACAACGAUCACCCCUUCGUGAACAAGAUCGGUUCCUACCAAUAGCCAACGUUGCAAAAAUUAUGAAAAGAGCUGUACCUGGAAAUGGAAAAAUUGCAAAAGAUGCUAAAGAAUGCGUACAAGAAUGCGUAUCAGAAUUCAUUAGUUUCAUUACUAGCGAAGCAGCUGAUAAAUGUCAAACUGAAAAGCGUAAAACUAUUAACGGUGAGGAUAUCUUAUGUGCAAUGAAUACACUUGGUUUCGAUAACUACAUUGAACCACUUAGGGCAUUCCUGGUCAAAUUUCGAGAGAUAAGCAAACUUGAGUCUUGCUUUAUCGAUGAAUCACCUGUUCCAAAUACAGUGUCUACAGUUUCGCCUGCAGUUGGUUCAGCUGUAAUAUUGACUCCUACACUAUUGUCAACUAGCAGCAGUAGUUUAACAAGUAUGCCAUCCCGAUCCAUUACUGGUAGACAGUAUACUAUUGUUAAUGGAUCAAAUGAUAUUCAAAGCAAUAAUGUUCACUCUGUAUCGAGUGCAGAUAUCAAAGUAGGCACUUCAGCAAUCACUGCCCUGGGGACUCCUGUGUCCACUUCUCUAGGGACAACAAUCAUCCUGCCAAUAUCAACUCCUUUGACGUUUGUCAGUGGACCUCCAACUUCAGUCUCUUUAGCUGAUCAGCCGUCUGAUUCAGUCUCUUGA